AAUAAAAAAUUUCACGUUCCUAAAAAUAGUUCCAAAAGAGCGGCGAAAGCGACAGGCGGCCGAGCAGUGCCAGAUACAAAAACUAGAUUUAUCCUUAAGUUUAAAAACAGAAGAAAACAAGAUGACACCCAAUCCCAAUCAAAACUUUACACAUGAGGAGGAGGUGGAGGAUUGGACGAAGCCAUCGGGUGUGCUUUUUGAGAGCGAUGUGACGACUGACGACGGUGCUCUGUCGACCUAUACCGGCGAAUUCAAGCAGGCCCAGGCCUGGAAGAGGCCUCUGGUGUGGGGCAAUAUAAUCAUUUUUACAGUCACACAUCUGGCUUCGUUAUACGGAGGUUACCUGUUGUUCACAGAUACCAAGCCUGCCACCAUGCUAUUUGCAUUCGUGAUGUACUGCCUCGGCAUGCUGGGAAUUACGGCUGGCGCCCACCGUCUCUGGUCUCAUCGUUCCUUUAAGGCCAAGUGGCCGGCUCGCCUCUUCCUGGCCAUCUUAAAUUGUAUCUCCUUUCAAGACUCCAUCUAUUAUUGGGUGCGGGAUCACAGGAUGCACCACAAAUACUCGGAAACGGAUGCCGAUCCGCACAAUACUUCCAGGGGUUUCUUCUACUCGCACAUUGGCUGGCUGCUGGUGAGGAAGCAUCCGGAUGUGACGAUAAAGGGCAAGGGAUUGGAUCUCUCCGACCUCCAUGCCGACCCCAUUGUGAUGUUUCAACACAAGUACUACUAUUACCUCAUGCCGCUGGGCUGCUUCAUCCUGCCCACCCUAAUUCCCUGGCUGUGUUGGAACGAGACACUGGCCAGCUCCUACUUCGUGGCAGCCAUGUUCCGCUGGUGCGUCCAGUUGAACAUGACCUGGAUGGUGAACAGCUCGGCCCAUGCCUGGGGUGGCAAGCCCUACGACAAAGGCAUGAAUCCCUCGCAGAACUCCUUCGUUUCGCUUAUGACCUUCGGAGAGGGCUGGCACAACUAUCACCACGUGUUCCCCUGGGACUAUAGGACGGCCGAAUGGGGUGGCUACACCCUCAGUCACGCCACCCUCCUGAUCGAUCUCUUCGCCAAGAUCGGCUGGGCCUACGACCUUAAAACGGUGACGCCGGAGAUGAUCAAGAAGCGGAGUCAGCGGACGGGCGACGGAACUCAUGAACUAUACGGCGAGAAGGUGGUUCCUAGCGUUGCUAAGAAGAUAAUGUGAUUUAUCCUAAGAGGGGGGCUAUCUUGGUUAUGUAGAUUAAUUUUGUUUGGAUUCAUUUCUAUUCUAUCUAUCAAUAUACACUUAUAUUUAUGAUAUGAAGAGGUUGGCAUACUUAAUAAAAUUUUAAGAGGGCAUAGCUAAACCAAAA